GGUUGGGUGGCACGUUUUGUACGGCGUAAUAAUAUUACUCUUCAAGUCACUAAUUCUGCUUCUACAAUUGCACCAAAAUUAAUUAAUAGCAGCAGUAAUUGUAGUAGCAAUAUUAUCGAGAAUUUUGUAAAUCAAACCGAUAGUAAUUCUCUCUGCUGUAAUAGUUCUGUUAUCAUGGAAAAUUCAUCUUGCAUGUUAUCAUCACCAUCUACAACAUCACAAAUUUCUGAUCAUACUGUUGCAAAUACUAAUAUGUAUUGUUCCAAUGAUAUUACAAAAGUGAAUGCAACAACAACAGCGGCAACGUCAACAGUAGCUACUACUACUGUUACUACUAAUAAUGAUAUUGUAUUGGCGAAAAAACGUCGUAAAAAUUUUACACCGAAAAAAAUUGUUCCAAAUGAUGUCAUAUGUUUAGCAGCCAAUAAUAAAACCAAUAAUAAUACUACUAUACCUACCACAACAACAAUAACAACAAUAACAACAAGUGAAGUAAUUUAA